AUGGAUAUAUAUGAGAUUAAUAUCAAGAAGGGUGAGAUCACUCUGUCUCAAUUGAAGUCUGAAUUCAUUUUGAACCCAGCACUGAGCAAAAAGGAGAUAGAGCUUAGACUGCUGCAGGAGGGUAAUGCCCGUCAUGCAGCACCCUCUCACAGAUCUGUGGCAACAUGGAUAUCAAUGGGCCUGGCAAUUGAAGAGGCUCAAAUCACAUUGCACAUUGAGGUCCAAAGAAUAGGAAAAAGAACUACUGAGACUCAGAGAUUAGACAUCGCCCGGCAACGCGAUCAUCUACAAGGCCAGAUAGAUGCAUUCACUCAGACUGCUCUGACGCAUCUGGGAGAGGGAUUUGAUGCAGAUGAUGACCCUGACGAUUUGAAUAUAGACAUUCUCGAUGAUCUCGAUGAUGACCCGGAGGAUUUCAUCAGGAAGUCCGAUACAUGGACAAACUCCCCCGAGCUCACUGUCAUCCCAUUGCCAUCAAACCUCGGGGUAUCCGGCAUGGUACUUAACAGGGUAGAUCGAUCCAAAUGCUGUAUGGCAGAGCAUCUGAUUCUGCUGGAGUUGUUGCUUCGUGAAGGACAGGCCAAUGAUGCCCUUCACAACCUCCGAAUUCACUUGUGCAACAAGGCAAUACUUUUCCGAACAACAGUCAGGCAAGCCAAAUCUCAAGCAUUGAAAACCCGAGCUUGGUCCCAGGUGACGUCAGUGCAGCAGGCGGUGUCCCUCCAUGCCAGCAUAUAUACCAAGACAAGGAAGCAAAUGAUGAAACUUGAGCCAGGCCAAGACCAGCUGGAAAAAUAUAAACCCCUGCUUCAGGAGCAGCUCAAAAUCAGCAUGGCCAUCAGCGAUCCUAAUGCCCGAGGUCAGCGAAAUGAGUCUCUCGCUUGGUUCUGGUCUAUCAAAGUAGAUUUGGGGGGUCCGGAUUACUUGUGGAAUGAGGAAUGUGAGUUCAGCUUGCUUGACAAAUGCCUGCGAUCUGACUGGACCCAUGUGAAGUUUACCAAGUUCAUUGGCUUCAGGCAAAGGCACUACGGGAUCGAUGGAAGGAAGAACUGA